AUGCACCCCACCGGUAUCGCCCUCAGACGAUCGACCUGGAAAGGUCCCUUCUUCACUGCCUUCCCUUCCCUCUCCCACCAUCUCAAAUCCUCCACUCCCAUCUUUACCAAAUCUCGUGCUUGCACCAUCUUACCAAACUUUGUCGGUAUCAAAUUCAUGGUGCACAACGGAAAGGACUACCUUCCAGUCACAAUAGCGGAGGAGAUGGUCGGACACAAGCUGGGAGAAUUCUCGCCUACAAGAAGACCAUGGAGUUACAGGUGGGUCGCGAAGAGAAUUACGGUGUUUCGAGAAUUUGAGAGCUGA